GGAGUUCUGGAGCAACCAACUCCAAGCAUUCCUUCACCAUGCUGAAGCUUCUCAUCUUUACCAUCAUUGUCCUUUGUGGACGUUGCUCAGAGGAGCCACUGGAAGGAAAUGGGCGCGUCGUUGGGGGCUAUGAAGCAAAGAAGCAUGCGUGGCCAUCGCAGAUUUCCCUUCAGUACUCAUCAGGGGGCAGCUGGUACCACACAUGUGGUGGGACACUGGUGCACCAGAACUGGGUGAUGACAGCCGCACAUUGCGUGGACAGCUACAUGAAUUUCCGUGUGGUUCUUGGUGACCACAACAUCUAUCAGUAUGAAGGCACAGAACAGGUCAUAAGCGUGGCACGCAUCUUUGUGCAUGCGAACUGGAACAGAAAUGAUCUUGCUGCGGGCUAUGACAUUGCCUUGCUCAAACUCUCUCAAAGCGCAAACCUGAACAGCUACGUGCAGCUCGGCGCUUUGCCACCAUCUGGUCAGAUUCUGCCAGACAAUUAUCCGUGUUACAUCACAGGCUGGGGCAGGACCAAAACGAAUGGACAGCUGGCAUCAGUCCUGCAGGAAGCUUAUCUCCCGGUGGUGGAUUACGCGACCUGUUCCAGUUCAUCCUAUUGGGGCUCCACAGUCAAGCAAACCAUGGUGUGUGCAGGAGGCGACGGGACACGUGCAGGAUGCCAGGGGGAUUCUGGAGGGCCCCUGAAUUGCUUGGUAAACGGCAAAUACUACGUGCACGGAAUCACUAGCUUUGUUUCCAGCGCUGGGUGCAAUGUCCUGCGGAAACCCACUGUGUUCACCCGUGUCUCUGCCUAUAUUUCUUGGAUCAAUACAGUAAUUUCCAAAAACUGAAUGAGCUAGAAAGGAGAACUUACAUCAGAGCUGAAUGUCACAUGUCACAUAUAAGGGGCUGGCA